AUGAGCGGUGACACAAUAUACGAAGCGCCCAGACGAUUCAAUGUAUCGAAAAUGAGAGUCCACGACUAUUUAUACGAUUCUACGUACAUCGUAUCUGGUGCAAGGGACUACGCUCGGACUGCGUUUAAAGCGGCCAUGGCUUCAGCACAAGUGGUUAUCCAACCAGUGUACAAGACAAUGUUCUCGGAACUGCGCCAAUUCCCAAGGAUGCAAGUCGUGUACCACCCCAACUGUCGUUUACCCGGGCAUAUAGAUCGCUCGUACAGGGCUUACUUGGAGCGGACAAGAGGUGAGAGGGCUGGACCACUUCAACUUGGAGGAAAAGAUCGCUUCAAAUUCACAGCUAUGCCAAAAAAGCUUCUAAAUCUUAAAAGCGCUACCCCUGAUUUCCACCCCACAACGCCUCAUCAGCCACGCACCAGCUCAAAGCCAAGAAACAGAGGCACGCAGAGUUUGUACCGUGAGUCUUCAGCUCAGACUAUACCGUGGGGACCGGACGCCAAGGUUGCAGAUAAUGCUCUGGAAACGCCAGAGGUUAUGUACCUAGAUGCAUUGGAAUGGGGUCCUGGAUGUCCAUACCGUCUUGGAGACCUGCCAGCAGAUUUCCAUACAACAGAAAUAAUUAACAAAAUGCGCCACGCGAGAAAAUGGAAUGAAAUUGUUGAGAAGGGCCAGUUCCCGAAUUAUAUGAAGAAACAAAAUGCUAUAAUCACGGACGUUGAAACUAAGGAUUGGAUAUUUAGAGAAGCGGAGAUAGACGAACUUCAAGACAUUCGCCUGGCGCUCUUGAACAAGUUAAAAUCUGAACAGCAACAGAAGAGGAACAGUCGCAUCAGCACCAAGCUGGCCAAGCUGUGGGCGGACAAGAAAGACGCGAUGGAACAAAAGAUAGACAAAAUACGACGCACGAGGGACAGAGAACUAAGGAAAUUAAGUUCCCGAGGACGAGGUCGGAAAGUUGUGGAGUCUGAACACGCGCCCCUAGCGAGACUUGGAUACCGAGCUAGCCGCAGACACGCUGAGAUCAUUUACGACCCGUCAUUACUUGUUCAUGAAGACCAUAGAAAAUUAGCUGAACCACCGGCAUGGCUUGAGCAGUGUGGACAAAACCUCACCAAAUCCUGUUCAGGGCAUCACCUGCCGCGUGACGUCACACAGCUCUGCGAGCGAGAGACCAAGUGGAGCGAACAGUUCCUGGCGAACUUACACUCUGACCUCAAGAAAGCGAGACUGGGUGCUGCAAAAAUAACAGCUGGCCCACUGCGGGUACUUCGCCCUCGACAACUACCGACUAUCACUCGGCCUCCCACACCUGAAGUGGAGGGAGUUGGGGAUGAUGAUGAAUCUGCCCACCAGGCGGCGCUAGUACUGCAAAGAGUCAUACGUGGCAGGGCUGUGCAAGUAUUGAUGUUCGAAGGACGCACCAGGGCAGCAGAACUCACAGAAGAAUUGAAAACAACACACGGUCUACAACGAGAGGACAGGGAGAGGAUCGCUAGAGAGGAGUCUAAGGCCAGGGACUAUCAGGCGCUGAGGGCUGAGACUGAACAGAAGGAGCAGGCGAUCUCUUCAUUGGUCCAGGAGCUGUGUGGAGGCGCGGUGUCAGCGGCGCUGGACUUCUUGGAGAAAGAACUUAGAAGAUUGAGAGAGGAGAGGAGACAACACGCCUUUAUACUCAUUGCACUACGUGAGAAGACAAUGAGAGAAGCAGCAGAGGCUGGCAGAAGACAGAAAGAAGAACAUCGGAGAAGAGAACAUGACGAAAUAUUUAAGAGGGUUCUAGGAGUAACACAAGAAACGGUAGAUGCGUACCUCCAAGAUGUAUUACUAGAUGGCGUUGCUCUCGCCGCAGAAGAAGAUGCUGUAAGAAAGGUUCUCUCAUCCGCUGAAAAGAUUGAGAAAGAGAUGGCGGAUUCCGGUUCAAUAUCGACAGCGGAACAAAACGAGGUUGUAGCUGAGCUUGUACAACAGUUCCUUCUACCCGAAGCUCACAAGACAGCGUCCAGGCACAAGAUAGCUACCAUACAGAAAGGAAGACUGGAAGGGGCAAGAGCGAGCAUUAUGGGAGUAUUGAUAGAUGCUGAAAAUGUUGAGGCGACUUGUCCACGCUGUGGCAGACCAUUGGAUGAACAAUAUCAAUGCAUUAUCUGUAAACCAACUGCAACGACUGCCAGAGACGAUCCUAGAUGGAAACAUUCAAGACGUCGAGAAGUGAAAGAGAAGAGUUUAUCAGAACGAUAUCCAGUUAAGCACGAGAUACGAUGCAUGCUGAAUACUUUAAUUUAUGAAGCGGUUGAAACGUCGCGUUCCGAACGCCGAGAGAGGGAAUCUAUAACCAGAUAUAUAUCGAGUCGUCUGAGAGAAGAAAUGGAAGUAAAUAUAGACGUCGUAGAAAUAAUUAAUGAAGCGAUUGCAGUAAGUACAGGAGAGUUGAUUGUGACAAAGAGACCUGAUUAUCAUUACUACAUGACCAGAAUAUGUGAAGAUGCUUUGGAAAGAACGAUACCAUUCGGAAAACCACCAUGUCCCAAGGAACUUCCAUCUGAGAUAAGGAGGAAGGUGGAAGAGGCAGCUGCCUUGGAGGACCCGACCUGCCGCUGUGACGAUGACAAGAGUAAAGUGAAGUUCGGCAUCAGUGCAAUGGAUGUGAAGGCGAAAUCAGAGCUCCUGCCAUCAGAGCUGCGAAUUCUGGAAGAACUGCGCCGGUGCAAGUGUGAUACGAGCCCCUCACCCAGCCCCAUCAUCGAGUCGUCAUCAUCAAACGAUUUCAGCAGUUCAGACUUCACGGACGCCAUAGAAGAGGAGGGGAAUGAAAAUCAAUGA